UAUUAUUAAUUUGUUUUCGCUGUCAAAUAUUAGAAAUAGCAUUGUGACUCUCGUAAUGUCUUCACGAAAUAUACUUGUAUUACGUUUAGGCUUAACACGAUUGUAGAAACUGAUGGUUACAGAAUUCAAAAUUACAAUUUUGUCACCUGAAGUAAACAAAGUCAUCACUUAUACUAUGAUGUUGGUAUAUUUUACAGGGAAAGAUUAGCUUAUUACAUCUUUGGAGAAAUGGGAAGAAGUCAUUCUAGAUCUCCUUCAAGUACAGGCCGUAGCCACAGCAGGUCUAGAUCACAGAACAGAGACAGAAACAGAGAUCAUGACAGGAACAGUAACAGAAGACCUAAAGAAAGAGAGAGAUUCCGUAGCAGAUCACCUAACAGACAUCGUAGCAGGUCACCCAGGCAUAAUUCCAUGUCUCAGAGGAGAUCGUCACCACCUCGUAGGUGGUCACAUUCAAGAUAUUCUUUUGCCUCAGGCUCAAGAAGAUAUGAAGAUGAAGAAGAAGAAGAAGAAACUGUUACCAGUUAUCUUCUUGACGAACAAAACAUAACAGAAAAGGAUCUUGAUGGGAAAACUGAGGAGGAGCAGGAAAUGAUGAAAACAAUGGGAUUUUCAAACUUUGAUACCACUAAGGGUAAACGUGUUUUAGGAAAUGAUGUCUAUUCCAUUAUUUCAGUCCAGAAAGGGGAACACAGGUGAUUUUAGGAAUGGAGAAGGAACCUGUAGCUGUACUUCAGUUCAACAUAAAUGUUAUGAUUUAGUACUUCUCAUUUGAAUAAAGUGUUUUUCAUAUUAAAUGUAUCUGUAUACAUUCAUGUUGUUUGUGUAUAAGAGAUAAACUAUACUCACUACAGCCAUUAACAUGAAUAGUGCAAGACUAGCGUUAAAUCAUACAAUGGCCAUUAACAUGGAAUAGUGCAAGACUAGCGUUAAAUCAUACAAUGGCCAUUAACAUGAAUAGUGCAAGACUAGUGUUAAAUCAUACUAAGGCCAUUAACAUGAAUAGUGCAAGACUAGCAUUAAAUCAUACAAUGGCCAUUAACAUGAAUAGUGCAAGACUAGCGUUAAAUCAUACAAUGGCCAUUAACAUGAAUAGUGCAAGACAGUGUUAAAUCAUACAAUGGCCAUUAACAUGAGUAGUGCAAGACCAGUGUUAAAUCAUACAAUGGCCAUUAACAUGAAUAGUGCAAGACCAGUGUUAAAUCAUACAAUAGCCAUUAACAUGAAUAGUGCAAGACUAGCGUUAAAUCAUACAAUGGCCAUUAACAUGAAUAGUGCAAGACUAGUGUUAAAUCAUACAACGGCCAUUAACUUACUUGAACAAUGUUAGACUUCUGUCCAUGCGUUGCAUAACUUGAAUAACUCUAACAUCAGGCAGCAGUCAAGCGAAAGUCUUAGUACCUUUAACUAAAGUUUUGAUAAAGUAUUUGAAAGUGAAAAUGGAAUUGUGAAGUUUACAUUAAUAUGCACAUUUUUUAUAUUUUAUUUGCACCGUAUACAAUGUAAGCUUUAUGGGUAGAUAUAACGGUGAAUUGUAAGUUUAAAAUAUUUUAGUCUUUUCAAUUUUUUGAUUGCAUUAUAAUUGUAUCAGUUUGUGUGCAUAGGACAGUAAACUGCAGGUUUAUAAAACGUAUAAACAUUUUGAAAACUUUAAA